AUGGGGUACCGUAGCCCGCCCCCUCUCUGCUGGAGGAACCGUUCUCUGGCCCAGCAGCACCUGCUGUCGGUCGGCAGCUGUAACUGGGGUCAGGGGUCAGGGGCUAUAAGAGGGUCCUACUGGGUGUGGAGACCAUUCACCAUGAGGGGAGCCGGGCUGCUGUGUCUGCUGUGCGUCUGCGCCGCGGCCCCCGCGGCCCCCGCGGCCCCCGCGGCCCUGGGCCGAGCCGGGGGAGCGGGCCCGGGGCUGGGGGCCGGAGCGAGGCUCAGUGCUCGGACCGCCACCGGGAGGGCGCCCCCCCUCCCUGAGGGUCGGUGUGUGGUGUACGGGAUGACCAUGUUUGAGGGGGCCAUGUGGUCUCCGGAGCCGUGCACUGUCUGCCAGUGUCAGGGAGACAUGGUGAAGUGCAAACCCAGCGCAUGUGACCCAGGACCAGCAGCGGGAAAAGUUCAGGUGGUGAAGAAGACCUCGGAGCAUCAGGGAGUGGGUGGAGGAGCAAGGAGGAGCAGCAGUAAGACCUCCACCUCUAGAGGACAGGAGGUGAAGGAGACCUCGGAGCAUCAGGGAGUGGGUGGAGGAGCAAGGAGGAGCAGCAGUAAGACCUCCACCUCUAGAGGAGGACAGGAGCGUCCCGCCGGGGGCCCAGAGCAGCGUCCCGCCGGGGGCCCAGAGCAGCGCCCCGCCGGGGGCCCCCUCAGCCCAGAGCAGCGCCCCGCCGGGGGCCCAGAGCAGCGCCCCGCCGGGGGCCCAGAGCAGCGCCCCGCCGGGGGCCCAGAGCAGCGCCCCGCCGGGGGCCCACAGCAGCGCCCCGCCGGGGGCCCCCUCAGCCCAGAGCAGCGCCCCGCCGGGGGCCCCCCCAGCCCGGCAGCCGUCCCUCCAGCGGUUAAAUCACCGGCGGCGCCCAGGAGCCGCAGGCCCCACAACUCCUCAGACGAAGAGGACCGCGACUCUUCCGACGAAGACGAGGACGCGGAGGACGAAGACGUCGUCGGCCCCCCACCUCCACCGCCGGCAAAAGCGAAGGUCGAUCCCCCAACCCCGUCGCCGUCUGUGCUCCGGACCGCCCCCCCGAGACCACCUGCGCGGGGGGCGGGGGAGCGGCCCGUGGUAGCGUUCCCCCAGAAGCCCCCCUUCAUGGCGUCCCUGCCGUGGGGUUGCCUGCUGGCCGACACGCUGGUGGCGUGCGGCAGCACCGGCCUGAGCCGCAUGCCGCUGAUCUCCGACCGGGGGGUGAGGACCCUCUACCUGGCAGACAACAAGAUCAGCCGGAUCCCGGCCAAGGCUCUGGCCGGUCUGCCCAACCUGGAGUGGCUGGAUCUGAGCAAGAACAAGCUGGACGACGCCUCCUUCGCCCCCCUGCUGUUCCAGAACCUGACCCGGCUGCGGCGGCUGAUCCUGGACGGGAACAACCUGACCCGCGUGCCCGCCUUCCUGCCGCCCUCGCUGCUGGAGCUCAAGAUCAACGACAACCAGCUCAGCGGCCUGACGCCGCGCAGCUUCAAAGGUUUGUCCAAACUCCUGACGCUAGAACUGGAAGACAACCACUUCCACGACGGGAACGUUUCACCGUUGACCUUCCGACCACUAAGGAAGCUGGCCUACCUUCGUCUGGAUGACAACCGGUUCCGGGGCGUUCCCUCGGGUCUCCCCGUCUCCCUUCAGGAGCUCCACCUCUCAGACAACAAGAUAGAGGUGGUGCAAGCCGGGAUCCUGAACAAAACUGUUAACCUGAGGGCUCUGGACCUGAGCCACAACCGCAUCCGAGAGGACCGCAUCGCCCCCCACGCCUUGCUACACCUGCUGAAGUUGGAGUCUCUGGACCUAUCCCACAACCGGCUGGUCCACGUCCCGUCCUUCCUGCCCCCGGGCGUCCGCCAGCUCGUCCUGCACCACAACCUCAUCCAGCGGAUCCCGGCCUUCGUGUUCGGGCACCUGGCCCCGGGCCUGGACUCCCUGCACCUGUCCCACAACCGCCUGCAGGACGGUGGCCUGGCCCCGGCCUCCUUCAGGGGGCUGAGCUCCUCGCUGGCCGAGCUGCUGCUGGACCACAAUCUGCUGCACUCGGUGCCCCGGGGCCUGCUGCAGCUCAGGAACCUGCAGCACCUCCGGCUCAACCACAACCUCAUCAGCGACGUCCCGCUGGGCGCCCUGUGCGACCCGGGGGCGCGCGAGGACUCCCCCCUGCUGAGCGUCCACCUGGAGAACAACCUGAUCCAGCGCCACCUCGUCCCCCCCAGCAGCUUCUCCUGCAUCCGCAGUUACCACAGCGUGCUGCUGCGGCCGCAGAGGGACGAGGAGUAG